AUGAACAAAACAUACAAAAUCAACAAUAACAAAUCAAAUAUAAUCUGGAAAGAAUAUAAUCAUAUCGUAAGAUAUUUAUCUAUGUUUUUUGAAAUUAAUUUUCUUUUCCAAGAUGUUUACAGCCAAGCACCACCACCUCUGCACUCAGCCCUCCUCAACGAAUCAACUUUCGCAGCUCGUCCCCAUUUCAUCAUCUCUGUGAUUUCUCUCUGGCCACUAACUCUGCGAAUUACCGAUAGCCACCCAACAAGCUUUGGACCACCACCUUCUCCAAUUGCAUCUCCCAUUAAAGACAAACAAGGAAUCACAAGUUUUUCUUUAAUCCAAUUCUCUAAUAUAUGUGUUUAUGCCAUGAUUUAG